AAGUGAUUCUUUACCUCGAACCAUGCUAUUGGUUAACAUUUACACAUCCCAACUUGUUAAACUAGUUUUUUCCAGAUCCCUACGUAGUCUUAACUGCAGUCAGUUCACAAGUCUGAAAGAAUACUCAGGAUCCUGCUUAUCGGAGAGGAAAUCAGAAAGCAGCAGGAAGGUGGAGGAGUUUGCCUUCCCAGCAGUGUACAUGUAUCAGCCAGGUAUUCUGGAGAGAAGAACACACUCAGUGAGACCAUGGAUGAUCGUCUUUAUUACUACAGCCAUUGUGCUGACUCUGGCAAUAAUUAUUGGUCUCCUUGUUUAUUUUUUAGAAUAUGAUCAGACAACUCACUAUUACCAGGCCUCCCUGCAGAUCCCCAGUAUUGACUAUAAUCCUGACUUUUCUGUGGAACAUUCAAGGACUAGAACUGAUCUGAAACAAAAAAUCAAUAAUGAGAUAAAUAAGAUAUUUCAAAGAUCCAGUUUAAACCAUCAUUAUAUCAGGUCUCAUGUUGUCAACUUUAGGCCAAAUAAUCAUGGUUUGAAAGCAGACAUACUGCUUAAAUUUAAGUUUACUUCUAAGAAUGCAGGCACUAUGAAGAGACAAGCUGACAAGAUUGUGCAUGAGAAUAUGAAAUCUGAUGAGAGCUUCUUGAAGAUAGAUACUUCAUUACCUUAUCUCAGAGAAGUAAAUGGAGCACAAGCAGAGCAUUUUCUGAACAGCUGUUGUGGUUUAGGGAUGGACUACCCACUCAUGGAAAGAAUUGCUCAAGGCCAGGUUGCAGAGCCAGCCGCGUGGCCGUGGCAGGCCAGCCUGCAGGUGGACGGCACGCACUUCUGCGGGGCCUCCCUCAUCAGCGAGGCCUGGCUCCUCACCGCCGCGCACUGCUUCGACACUCACAAAAACCCUAAACUGUGGAUGGCCAGCUUUGGAACAACCCUACGCUCUCCACUGAUAAGAAGAAAGGUGCAGUCAAUUAUUGUCCAUGAAAAUUACGCUGCCCACAAGCACGAGGAUGAUAUCGCUGUGGUGGAGCUCUCCACCCCUGUACUGUUCUCUGAAAAUGUGCACAGAGUCUGUCUCCCAGACGCUACCUUUAAUGUCUUGCCUAGGAGUAAAGUGUUUGUCACUGGAUGGGGAGCGCUAAAAGCAAGUGGUCCAUUUCCAAAUACUCUCCGACAAGUUGAAGUGGAGGUCUUACAUAACGAUGUGUGCAAUCAGGUUAAUGUAUAUGGCGGUGCUGUGUCAUCAGGAAUGAUAUGUGCUGGGUUCCUGUCAGGAGAACGAGAUGCCUGUGAGGGUGAUUCCGGAGGACCUCUGGUCAUUGCGCGCGAUCGAAACGUCUGGUAUCUUAUUGGAAUAGUAAGCUGGGGAAUAGGCUGUGGAAAAGAAAACAAGCCUGGGCUUUAUACCAGAGUGACUCAUUAUCGGGACUGGAUUAAAUCGAAAACUAAUAUUUGAUGCAACAACUACCUCCACGUCCAAACUGCAAACGCCAAGAGUGCUCUCUGGCACAUUGUGUUCAGUGUGUGUUGCGUGUGUAUUGUCCUGAAGUUCAACCCUCCCCUUCCACGUGAGGAAGGCAGACUCUUCCACCUCACCGCAGCGCUUGGCUGACAAUGAGCACAGAAGACUCUGUCAGCUCCGCAAAGCUCUGCCACUCCGGCGGUGCUUCCUUGCUCCUUGCCCUGGCCCUGCUAUGCAUUAUUCAUUUAGUGUAGUCUGUCACCUUACCCAGCAAAAUUUCAACCAGCUGGGCAUUCUCCACUUUCCCUGACUGGGCAUGCAUCUCUCCCGGGAUAGCUCCGCAGUUUUUGUUUUCCUCAUCAAAUAAUCCUCAUCAUGAAAUUAUUGCUCUGCGGACGAGACAAGCGCAAAUCAUUAGUUUUGCCCACGACAAACACCAAGGAUGCGGGGAGCGCUGCACAGGAAGCGGCUUGAGAGACACUGUGACUGUAAGUCUGUUCCCUUCCCCUUGGAUGUCCAUUUAACCACUCAGAAACUUAAAAAUGGUCAAUAUUUAUAUUUGUACUUAAUGGCGCACAUGUUCGUUUCUCUAAGUUACACUAGUGUUUUUUUUUAUUUGCUCGUUUAUUUGAUUGGAGUUUUUUUGUAACAGGAAUGAAGCUCAGGACUUCGUGCUUGCCAGGCGCUGUGCCCCUGAGCUAUUCCCGGCCCCACUAGUGCAUAUUUUGAAGCAAUGAAUGAAUCCUGGGAUUAGAUAGCAAGCGAACUUUAAAUAUUGCCCGGCACAGAAUUCUCGGAACCACGUAAAAUUGGCUUUCAGUAUUCAAAAGCUAAAGGCGAAGUUACUUGGCCUUGUCACUAAUUUGAAAUGUGAAGAGGCAAAAACUCAAUGAGAAAGGGGCUACCUUCAGCUCCAUAUUUAAAAACGAAAGAAGUCUCAUUUCCUGUGUGCAUUUGCUUUUCACUUGUAAUUUUUUAUCUUAAUGCAUUUUAUUUAAAUAGUUUUAUUUUCAACGAGCCUCAGCAGAAUUGAGGGACCUGCAGAAUAAGAAGUCAAUAUGAAUUAGAUAUUCAUACACAACUUACGAUGGAAGUCAAAAUAAAUCGAGAUCAUCAUAAACAAGAUUGUGACAAAGACUUUAUACUGUUAAAAAUGGCAGGCACUGUUUCCAGAAUAGUAUUUAUAGAAAACAUUAACUGAAUCAAGAAAUCAUCUUUGGAAUAGCUUAACUUUUAUUAUAAAAUGGUCAUUUCUUAUGUAUAUAAUUGUGUUUUUAGUACUAUACAUGACUGUAGACCAGUAUUAAACAAAACUCAAACUUAUCCUGUGCAUCUAAAUUUUCAUUUUCUUCUUUUAUAAUUUAAUUAGUUAAUAAGACAAGUAUUUGCUAAAUUUUUCUUAGUACAAUAAAUGAGUUUCUUUCACCCUA